GAGAGAGUUGGUAGCUGAAGGCCCUGACUGUUAAUGGGGUCCCGGGUGGCGCUUGGUCCUCAUGAAGUCACCAGUGAAAUGAGACAGAGGACAGUGAGUCCAGCUGGAUCAUGUGUGGGGUCGCCAGAUCCAUCGUUUUUGGAGGGAUACUCUUUCUUUGAGGCUUUCCGGUGUGUGGGAAGCAUGUUUACCCGGUCUAAGUUUUUGUUCUCCCAGUGCCUAGAGCUGGUAGUGAGUCCCUGUAAUUUUCAACUGUUCUCCACAGUCUCGAAUGGGAAUCUAAAAUUGUUCUGGAUAAGCUCAACGUAUGAGAUGGUGUAUUUAACUUCUUGGGUUUACAGUUUCCACUGGAAGAAAAUUUCGAGAUCAGUUAGUGUUUCUACUGAGAAUUUUUCAAUUUAAUGGAUAUAAACUUCUCAAACACAGAGGAAUGCCUAUUUUAACUGGUGCUUCUCAAAACCAUAUUGAUGGAGAAAACCUAUCCACUGAAAAUAUAAUAGUACGAUUCAUGAAAAAUGACACCUGGUCCUCGAUGGUAGGAGAAAUCCGUGAAUUGCAUGGCACUGAAGAUCAGGAUAACAACCAGAAAACACAAGUGAGAAGGCAUUUGUUAGAGAACCUCUGUGAAAAUACUGAAGACAAUCGGAUUUUCAGCCAGAUUCCAAAUCUUUCUAUGCUCAAAAGAACUCCUAUGGAAGCAUAUCCUUCUGAAUGCCUUGAGUCUGGAAAGUCCUUGAUGAAUCAUUCAACACUUAAACAUCAUAUCAAGUCUCACACUGGAUGCAGUGCCUAUCAGUGUAAGCAAUGUGGAGAAGCCUGUAGUCCCUUUUACCUCAGUGCUGUUGUGGGAACUCUUACUGGAGAGAAAUCCUAUGAAUGUAAGGAAUACGCCAAAGACUUCUGCUCUUCAAACCUCACUAUACAUAAGAGAAUUCAUGGUGGAGAGAGGCUUUAUGUAUGUAAGGACUGUGGGAAAGCCUUUCGUCAUUCUUCAUACCUCACUAUACAUAUGAGAACUCAGAUUGGUGAGAGACCUUAUGAAUGUAAGGAAUGUCGCAAAGCCUUUAGUUUUUCCUCAAACCUCACCAGACAUAUGAGAACUCACAGUGGAGAAAGACCGUAUGAAUGUAAGGAAUGUGGGAAAGCUUUUAGUCUGUCCAGAAACCUCACUAGACAUAUGAGAUCUCACAGUGGAGAGAGACCUUAUGAAUGUAAGCAAUGUGGCAAAGCCUUUUUUCAGUCCUCACACCUCACCAGACAUAUGAAAACUCAUAGCGGAGAGAGACCUUAUGAAUGUAAGGAAUGUGGGAAAGCUUUUAGUCUGUCCAGAAACCUCACUAGACAUACGAGAACUCACAGUGGAGAGAGAACUUAUGAAUGUAAGCAAUGUGGCAAAGCCUUUCAUCGGUCCUCACACCUCACUUUACAUAUAAGAACUCACAGUGGUGAGAGGCCUUAUGAAUGUAAGGAAUGUGGCAAAGCCUUUAGUCGUACCUCAAACCUCACUGUACAUAUGAGAACUCAUUGUGGAGAGAGACCUUAUAAAUGUAUGGAUUGUGGCAAAACCUUCUGUUACUACUCAAGCCACGCUAUACAUAUGAGAACUCACAGUGGUGAGAGGCCUUAUGAAUGUAAGGAAUGUGGCAAAGCCUUUCGUCGGUCCUCACACCUCACUUCACAUAUAAGAACUCACAGUGGUGAGAGGCCUUAUGAAUGUAAGGAAUGUGGCAAAGCCUUUAGUGAGUCUUCAAACCUCAGGGCACAUACUAAAACUCACAGUGGAGUGAGACCUUAUAAAUGUAUGGAAUGUGGCAAAACUUUUUGUCGGUCCUCACACCUCACUGCACAUAUGAGAACUCACAGUAGUGAGAGGCCUUAUGAACGUAAGGAAUGUGGCAAAGCCUUUAGUCAGUCGUCACUAACUACAGAUGUAAGAACUCUCAGUGGUGAGAGGCCUUCUGAAUGUAAGUAAUACAGCAAAGCCUUUUGUCAGUCCUCAAACCUCACUAGACAUAUAAGAGUUCACAGUGGAGAGAAGCCUUCAGUAAGGAAUGUGGGGAAGCCUUUAGUUAGUCUUCAGUGCUUGCUGAACAUAAGUAACUGCACAGUGGGAGAGACUAUGAGUGUAAGGAAUGUGGGAAAGCAUUUAGUUAUUUUUUAUCCCUCAAUGAGUACGUAAAAUAUCACCCUGGAGGUAAAAACACUUUGAAUAUAUGGAAUGUGGGAAAUUCUGUUGUGAUUCCUCAAACCUCACCAUAAAAAUUCGUGGCUUACAAAAGCUUUAUAAAUGUAAGGAGUCUGUCCUUGUGUAUGAAUUAUUAUGAUGAAACAACCAACAGUGAAUUGCAGACAUUCACUUCACCCUUCAAGCUCCUACAAAUAAGGUCAGUCUCCUACCAGAACAACCCAGAUCUUCAUUGUCUCUCACAAAUGAAAAUUUCUCAAGUUGUCCAUAAAUUAUCUAUUAUGGUUGUUGGGUUUUUUGAAGUUUGCAUCCAAACCAUAUUUCUAUGUUGCCUUUUUAGUUCUAGAUCUUUUUCCUCUGUCUUACACAGAGUAUUCUGCUUGUCUUGUAAAAUGUUAAAACGUUCAGUAUUCUGAUAUAGUCAAACCUGUGACAGCCGAAACCUGUGGAAGUCAGAAACUUGUCAGAGAAGAAAAACUCACGGGUUGUUUAUGAUGUAGGAUUCUUAAUAGAGAGCAAAAGGAAAGUGGUAGGCACACAAUCAAAAGUAGAAAAAUGCAAGACCUGGUAAAACAGGGCACUCCCAUCACAUUUCAGCUCUCACAGGUUUUACUGUAUUUGUUUUAUUAAGAUUUUAUUAGUUUGUCUUCUGUAUUUUUUGUAACAUAGACGUUGAGUCUUGUACAGUUCUAAUAGAAAUGUAAUGCAUGUCAAAGACGUAAUGUAAAAUAUUUUAGUAGCCAUAUUAGACAUUUAAAGAAAGAAAUGUGAAAGUUUUAAUAAAAAUUCUAUUUAACCUAAUAUAUCCGUUUAUUCUCAAGGUAAAAUUAUAAAUGAAAAUUACUAACUCAAUAUAAAUUUAUUUGACGUUUUACAUUUCCUUAUUUUGUACUCCAUCUUUCAGAAUCCAGAAACAACACGUUUAAUAAAUUUUAUUGUUGAAAAGUUGCUUCACAAUCCCAGGUUACUGGAAGCAUACUUUUCCAAUAAUUGAAUCAUUGUUACGUUUAAAUUAAUAAAAAUUAAAGUUUAUUCAGUUUCUUUGUUGCACCAACCACAUAGAUUGUAGACACAACCCUAUUAGUAUUUGAAUGCAAAAGAAGUCCCUGGAUCACUUUCCUGUUCCAGAUCUGGAAUCAACCCUUUCUCUCCAAACCUCUGGUUCCUUUUAAAAACCAAGGUGUGUACAAUACAUGGGCUUGGUGGUAAACCAAAACCUGUUACCAUUGAGUCAAUUUUGUCUCGGUCUGUCAGUGAGUACGUAAAGUACAUAAUUUUUUACAUCAUAAAUUUAUAGUUUUAUUCCUAAAACAAAUGUAAGGUUAUAUAUAUAUAUAUAUAUAGACAUGUAUCUAUAAGAAAUGGUGCUGGACAAUGUUAAAUACACAAAGUGGUGCCAGACAAUGUUAAGUAGGCAAACUAGACUUUAUUCAGCCUGUUGCGAUAGGAGAGAGACCUCAGGAUAAGUCUGAGUUCAACUCUAAAGGGCAAGGUGAGGCAAGAGGUUUCUUUUAUGAGUUCUGAGUGUCAUGGGGCACUGGAAACUUACUAAUUUGAAGGUGGAAAGCAAAAAUACAGCAGGAAGAUGGGUUUUAAGCAAGAGAUCCAUUGGUUAUCAGAAAUGUUUGCUCACAGAUGAUUUAUUAGGCUGAAGCAAGGAGCAUUCAUGGGAUAAAUGUAAAUGGGCAAAUCUUGUCACUUAUAUUUGCAUCUGUUUUCCCU